AUGGCUGCCCUUAGUGCUCUUGACGACGUCCAAGACGUCCAUGAGGAAAGACGUUUUUCAUUAUUGUCAGGCUCAGGGGAAGCGCUGAUGCCGGUUCAGCACACUGAGUCCCGGAGAUCAUCCGGAGGUGACGGGGUGCUGGAGCCAGGAUUGCCGCCUCCGGAGGAUCAUUUCACCAAGACGGCGCUUGCCAGUUUGCUGGACGCCCAAGAGGACGUGAAGCGCCUCCUGUCCAGCUUGUGCCACAAGUUCGAGGCCCUGCACGCAGAACGAGCCAUUGAGAGGCCCGAGAAGCUGCCGGAGAAGAAGCACCGGGGGUCGCUGAGCAAGCAGCGCAGCGGCACCUUGGCCUCGCUGCAGGGCAGCGAGCCGCGCCGGAUACAAGCCAACCGAGGCGAGCGAGGCUCGAAGCCACACACACGCCAUCGCCAGCACCAGCGCCGAUGUGUUUGCCUUGAGUUCCAUGCACUGCAAGAAGUUGCUCAAGAGGCAGACUUGCGCCGUUCAGCACGUGGACUCAGACAAGCGCGCUUCUUUGGCAGAGCCGGGCGCGCUCGGCCCGCUCGCCGCCACCCGGCAGGCGCCCAGCCGCGCACCGGAGCCGCUGCUGGAGCCACCAGCCUUGCUCUUGAGCGACGAGGAGGUCAACGACUCCGACUCGGUGGACUCCUUGAAAGACACGCCCCGGGUGGGCAAAGAGGAGAGUCCAUUGGAAUGCUGGACUCGCUGCCGCAUUCCUUGCCCGGCGAAAAGGCUCGCAGCGCACCCGCGGUCUCAUCCGCGGUCCAGCAGAUCCCUGGAGCAAGACCAUCUCAGCUCCGUGCUGCCGGCGGAGCAAAUCUCGCCAGUGUUGGUGAGCUCCACGCCACUGCCCAGGCAAGCCAGCGGGUGCUUGACGGUUCCUUACAGGUCGACGAGAAGGAAUAUGAGCCAGUGCAGCAACAACAGCGGCGGUGGUUCCGGGUCCAACAAGGGUACGCCACACACGUCGCCCGCUACGCGGGCAGAGGCGGGCAGCGGAGCCUCCACCGAUGCGAAGUCCAUCCUGGAGCGCGGGGUGCUGCGCACCGUGUCGGGCACCAUCGCUCGGAAGACCAUCACCAGCCUGGACGAGAUUUGCGGCACCAGCACAACGCCAAGAUUGUGUCCUCCGAGCGCAAUGCAAUAAGCACCGAGAAGACCAAGGACCCUGCCAUCGCUGAGUCCAUGGAUAGCGAUGAUGGAGAUGAGUCUGUUCUCCCCGAGGAGGCCCAACCACUUGAUGGCAGAUCGCUGAUUUGCCCAGCUCGCUUCUUUCUGGCAAUCACUGGGGUGCUGAACUUUCGGAAAGGAAUCUUGUGGCAGCUCUUGGCCUAUGUGGCACUGGGCAUGACGGCGGCGUCAGCGGGCUUGUACGUCUGGAGCGUGGGGGUCAUUGGUGACUACACGAGUUUGUGA